AUGUGGUAUUUUCAGGAGAGCAGUUGGACUCCAAAGCUUAGCCGUAACAUCACCGACUUGCCAUUUAAAUGUGAUGCGUAUGACCAUCUGGCGAUGCGAAUGAAUACUGAUUUGAAAUAUAUUCCACCGCUUGCUGGCAACUUGCAGUACGGGGCUUUUCCUCUGAACAAGAUACCGGCUAGAGCUAUCUCUGAAACUGGUGGGAGAGAUAUAGCCGAUGAGAACGGUGAAACAUUGUAUGACCAACCUCCUCUUAUUUUUGUGAAGGUGCGAUUGUCGAAGAGCAUACAUACUACAAUCCGCUGCUAUGUUGCUAACAAAACUCCAGAUGUAACUAUAUCAAAUCUUGCCGAAAUGCCAGGAAAUCGUGUUGUUCAAUUUGAUAUUUUGUAUCCAUACGUAGAAUAA